AUGCACGCCAUGCCCUCUCUCGACAUGCAGAAACCCGCCAUGUCCCCCACCUCGCCCACCAUGCGCAAGCGCCAACGCACCGUCGACCACCCGGGGCCUGCAGACGGCCACCCCCCGCCCGCGCCAGGCCCGCAGGUAGGCGACGACGCGUUCAUCAACGACCACGACGCGGCGGAAAGCGGCGGUGACGACGACGACGACGACGAUGCGAAACCAAAAUCCGACAAGAAGGCGGGACGACGAAAGAUCAAGAUCGAGUUCAUCCAGGAUAAAUCGAGACGUCAUAUAACGUUCUCCAAAAGGAAAGCUGGAAUUAUGAAAAAGGCCUACGAGCUCUCUACUCUCACCGGCACUCAGGUUCUCCUCUUGGUUGUCUCUGAGACCGGCCUCGUCUACACCUUCACCACCGCCAAACUACAGCCCCUCGUCACUCAGCCAGAGGGCAAGAAUCUCAUCCAGGCCUGUCUCAACGCCCCCCAUGGCUCUCUGCCCUCCACCAUGCCCGUUGGUCCCCCUCUUGGUCGUGCUUCCGGGCCCAUGAGCAUCCCUGGGCCCCAGCCAAGCGCCAAUAUCCCAGGCGGUCUCUCCAUCAGCGGCGGUGCCGCCCCCAGCAAUGUCAAGGAUGACGAUCAGGAUGAUGACCACCACGACGACACCGCAGCCUCUCAUGGCGGUCGUCCCAAUUCUGGUGACAAGCGUCGCCGCCGUAACUCGUCCACCAGUGGCCCCGCCCCGCCCAACCCCAAUCGAGGAGCGACAUCGCCUCAUUCUCCGAAUGCCACCGUCCCACCACCGCUCAACAUUCCCGCAGGCCAAGCACCAGGAGGCCAACACCCAUCCCAUCCUCCUCAAUCGCAGAUCGCUCUCGGUUCACCGACGUCGCCCCAACAGCAGCAUCAGCAAGUCGCUGCAUCGUCUCCUGCCCAGUACUCCAAUCCCUCGUAUGCCCACCACCCUGGUCAGCCGCAGCACCACCAGCCCCACGACCAAAUGUAUCCUCCGCACAUGAUGAACACUGGCUACAGCUACGCCGCCCCCGGUGCUCAACCACCUCAGGGUGGGCCUGGUGGUCAACAACUCGGUGGGUUGGCCGCAGCCGCAGCCGCCUCUCAGCAGCCCCAUCACGCCGCCUGGCCCAAUCAGCAACCACAGGUCGGCCAGAGUGGCGGCCAUUAUGGCAGGAGAUAA